UUAAGAGACACAGCAACAACAUCAUCUAUGGUGUGAUGUUCACACACUAUAGAGUGGAGGAGAAGGUGUCCUACAUUAAUAUUUAGGUUACACUUGCAGAUCAGAUUUAGCUAUUCAUGCUAUUAGUUAAUCUUAACCAUUUUCAAGUGUCCACUUUUAAUAUACACAGCUCUCUUUGUCCAAAACUGGCUAUCUUUCUUGGUUCUGUCUCAUUUUGUUGAAAAUUUUAUCUGAUUUUUUUUUAAUAUAUGAAAACAAAAUGAAAAUUUGCAGGAUACCAGAGGAUACCAGGAUACAAAGGAACUGGAGACAUCUUCAUAAGACUAGGUUGGAAGUCUGGACCUAUUCUCAGGACAUUCUACUCCCAAGGAUACAAAAAUUCACCAUGGAAGCCUGGCUUGCUUACACUACACCUCUGCCAUCAAACUGGAACCAGCUGUUAUCCUUAUUUCUGAUGUGCUGUUGUAUUGCUGCAUCCAUUGGAGGACUCUUCUACCACUGGAUGUUUUUCUCUCUGCAAUAUUCUUUCCAGUUCUCUGCCACAGCUGCUUCGGCCAUUAGUUUUCUGGCCUUGUUGACCCUCUUCUUGGUGCACCCCGCCCGUUGCAUGUUCACUAUCAUUGUGCCUACAUUAGGGACUAAGCAAGGGCGGAGGCUGCUCCUGUCUGCCUGCUUCAUGAUUGUGGCUGUCAACAUAGUGCCAAACAUCAUGAACAACAUUGAAGCCAUCCUGCAGGUCAUUAAAUGUAUCUGCAAGAAUUCUUCAGAGAGCCUCCUGACCUCAACAGUUCUCUUGGGCAAUGCUUCAUGGGACUUCAGUGACUCUCUUAAAAGUGUGUUUGACAACAUGCCAGACAAAAUAGGUAGAGUUAGGGAUGGCCAUGUCCAGUUUGAAACCCACAAUAACAACAAUCUACUGAAUCAGAAAAUGAUCAAUGCCAGCAACAGGAUCAGGGAAGAUUUCUCGCAAGUUGACUUGAUGGUCCAGAAGGUCAUACUGUUGGCUAACCGGGUGGUUGCUGGCUUCUUCCUCUUCUAUCUGAUGUUUGAGUCUGCUUGGUACCUAAAGAGUUACCUCACAGAUCUCCGAUUUGACAAUAUUUAUAUCACCAAAAAGCUAGAAGAUUUGGCUCAGGAGAACAAAGCAGCUCACCUGCUAGUUUGCUCACCUAAGAAGCUGAUUAAAUCAACCGGCUUUAAGCUAUCCCGAGAGGAACUCAUGACUUGUGUAAUGCACAUUUUUCUUCUGACCUUAGUGCUGAUGUUGACACUAGUGAUCAUAGCAACAGACUAUAUUGCCUUCCAUUUGGCACAAGCAGCUGUGACUGAAGUUGCACAGUUCCCUGUUGUGCCAGUUAUCUUCUGGAUAAAAUAUGAUGUCAAGCUAAUUUUUCUACAAUUUUUGGAAGACGUUUUUAACAGUGCUUUUUCUAUCAAACAAUCCAUACCUCCAUUUGAAAGGAGUUACCAUCAGAAUCUGACCUUUGUCUCUGCUAACUGCUUUACGAAGUGGCCAAAUCCUCCAAACACAGCCGUGAUCCUUGCUGUUGGACUCCUCUAUUGCAUCAUUUACACCAUGAUAUUUUUGGAAACAUACUCACGUCGACUUUGCAGAAAAAUUUCAGCCUCCUUUUUUGAGAGCCAAGAAGACCAGAGAGUCCAGUAUCUCUACAGGAAGCUUGUGAGGAAAUACAAGUAAAAGAAGCAACAGGAAGAUAAAUCAACCGCAUCUUCUUAAAUUGCUUCAGUGGGGGAAGGAGGGAAUUGUACUUCUAGGCCAGGAGAUGAUGAUGGCAACAUGAAAAUGCUAUGCUGAAUGUUUUCAAACGAUACUAAGAGCUUAAAUCAGUUUGAUUUGGUAAACUGUCAUGGAACUCAGGAGACAAUUGUUUUUGGUAAAUGUGCUGAAAUGAACUUUUAAGUCGCCUCAGAACGUACAUAAUACCUGAAUAUUAUGAAAAACCACUUCCUUCCCUACAGGCCUGCACAGGUGUUAGGUUCAACAGAGGAGGCUGUCUUGGUAGUUCUGUUGUCCCCUGAUUUUCAAGAGGUGGCAACGUGGGAGAGGGCAUUCUCUAUGGUAGCUCCUAAGGCUGUAAUCCAAUACAUAUCUGCUCAGAAGUAAGCUCCAUUGGGUUCAAUGGGACUUACUCCCAGAUAAGUGUGUAUUGGGUUGCAGCGUAAACUGUGGAAUUCUGUCCCCACAGAGGUGAAUCUGGAACCUUCAUUGUAUAGGUUUUGUAAUUUGCUGAAGACACACCUUUUUACCUUGGCC